UUUGCUGCCUUAAUACUCCAUGGGGCUCAGUGGCUGGUGAUGAGGCUAGAGGCAGCCCCAAGACAAGGGAGUAGCUGCACCUUUCUGAAUGGUGAAUGAGUCUGUGGAACCCACCAAGUCCUGCAGAGCAGCCAGGCCAUCAACACAAAACAGCUAAACUAGCCAGUGAACCACCCAAUGCUAAUGUUUUCAGCCCAUCUGGCCUUUCUAAGUGCAUGCCAUGCUGAUCACUGCGUACUGUGUGCAGAGGGACCUCUCUGAGGAAACCUUCUCCCUCCAGGUAAGCCCUGACUUUGAGCUCUGCAACUUCAAGGUCCUCUGUGAACUGGAGUCCAGGGUUCCUGCUGAAGAGAUCCAGAUUUUCUACAUGGAGAGAUUCCUCAAAGACAACCACUGUUCCUUGGCCUCCUAUGGCCUCAAAGAUGGAGAUGUUGUUGUUUUACUUCAGAGAGAUAACGUAGGACAGACCCCAAACCAGCCUCGGGUUGAUUUCAAUGGAAUUCCCCAGCCUGGAACAUCAAGCUCCCAACACCAGCACCAGCACCAUCAGCCCCAGCACCAGCAGCAGAAGCAAAAGCAGAAACGUGUUCUGUUAGCCCAGCAGUCCCACGGCUUGGCCUCUGGAGAGAAGACAGCCUCUGCUGCAGGACUGGAGAGUCCUGCCCUAAUUCAUAGCAUGCUUCUUUCCAGUCCCCAUGACCUAUCCCUGCUGAAGGAACGCAAUCCUGUCUUAGCUGAAGCUCUGCUCAGUGGAAACCUUGAGACAUUUUCUCAGGUCCUGAUGGAGCAGCAACGGGAAAUGGCCUUGAGGGAGGAAGAGAGGCUUUCCCUCUAUUCUGCUGAUCCAUUUGAUCGAGAGGCUCAGGCUAAAAUAGAAGAAGAAAUUCGGCAGCAGAACAUUGAAGAAAACAUGAACAUAGCUAUGGAAGAGGCUCCUGAGAGUUUUGGACAGGUGGCAAUGCUCUAUAUUAACUGCAAAGUGAAUGGAUAUCCUCUGAAGGCUUUUGUUGACUCAGGUGCCCAGAUGACCAUUAUGAGCCAAGCUUGUGCUGAAGGAUGCAACAUAAUAAAGCUGGUGGACCAACGAUGGGCUGGAGUUGCUAAGGGAGUGGGCACUCAGAGGAUUAUUGGCCAUGUUCAUCUAGCUCAAAUUCAAAUUGAAGGUGAUUUCUUACAAUGCUCCUUCUCUAUACUUGAGGAGCAGCCCAUGGAUAUCCUUCUAGGACUAGAUAUGCUUAGGAGACACCAGUGUUCUAUUGAUUUGAAGAAAAAUGUGCUGGUGAUUGGCACCACUGGUACAGAGACUUACUUUCUCCCAGAGGGUGAGUUACCCUCAUGUGCCAAGCUGGUAAGUGGUACUGGACAAGAAGAGCCCUCAGGUAAAGAAGAUAAUAGUAAGUGUUCAGUCAAAUAUUCAGGGUGAAAAAAGCAUUGAAGGAGGUUAUAAUAUGCCACCAUCUUGAGGAAGCCUCAGGUUCUGGGAAAUUAUAAGACAUGAGCUCACCAGCAAUGCAAUCAUUAAAAACAUCA